UUGUCGUAUAAAUACAUUCCAGGGUCUUUCUGAACGCUAUGGUAAUGGUUCUCAGCAAGUUGCUGCAGCAUUACAUAUCCUGAACAAUGUCAUUCCAAAGGUUAGCAUCCAUAAACAGCAUGGGAGACAAAAAGUUAAGCUGGAUGUCCACUUGCAAAAUUUCGCUGUCGAAAAUUUCUCUUGAAUUGUGAGCGGUGAAGUAGAACUGAUUUAUUCGGAUGGUCACAAUUCAAAAGAAAUCAAGCGAAAUAUUUCUCUGUAAGUAUUGUGCACUGAAGCACCAGGCUCUUCACGUGAUCGGGAAAUCUACAAGUUUCACGGUUGAAAUUCUUAUCAGAGAAUGUAUAUUAAAUAGCCUCCACUGUGUCUGGGUUUGCCCGUCCUCGCUUUAAUCGAAAGUGGUUUUAUUUUGACCCGCUCUGACAUUGUGCUCUAGUCCCAAGUAAAUGAGAGGCCCGAAAAGGAAGGUACUGUACCUUCGCUGACCCUAAUUAACAGCGAGACAUGAGUCCAUUGAUAUUGAAUCCAUGGAAUUAAAUCCAUGCAUAGAAUCCAUGAAUCCAUAGAUAUCCUUAGAUAUCGGUUGUUUGCUUUAGAUUACAAAAUUAUUCAAUGAUCUGUACGGUGGGAAAGCACUUGUGGAGGUUGUGAACUUGGAGAAAAAAGAAAGGUACGUUUUAUCUUGCUGGCCUUGCCUCCUCAGCUCAGAACAUCACUGUUCCAUGAAUGUAACGACCCAAAAGAAUGAAAGAUUUUCACCGGGCCCUUAAUUUAAAACAGCGAUGGGUCAAUAUUAAAUUGUGAAUUUAGUAACCUGCCAUUUAUUAGUUAUUCAUGAAUUUUUCUUUGGUUUGAGAAAUUAUCUUUUUGGCAGUGGAAGCGACAGAUUUAUUUAUUAUUUCUGAUAUUAUAUUCUGGUUGCAUAUCGCUUCUCGAAAUAAACAUUUGUUUCAAAUUGGGGGCGGUGUGAGUAUUAAGGAUUUUAUAAACUAAGAGAUUUGUCACGUCUUACAUUAAGAGGUUUCCAAGAUAGUACAUCGGGAUUCAAGGAACUUGGCAGAUCUAAAGUUGUGGUCCUUGAUCUACCUCUUGAUUCUAAAAUUUCUGUACACGGGCGCCGUGCAAAAGAAAUGUCAACAUUUUAAUCAAUCCACAAUCCGAAGUUUAGAAAGCCAAUAGAAUGAGUUCCUUGAACGAACUUCAUACCUUUGGGUUGUUUUGUUACUUUAUAAAAAAUGUUGGUUUCUGUAGAGACGAGCAAAAGAUGGUGCUAAGUGACGAGGAACAUUAUAUGUAUGAAGACGAUGAAAGAGGCCUGAGGGUUAGACGAGAUACGUCCAUUAGAAAGGUAAUGCAGAGCUUUAGAUUUGACUACGAGUACGACUAAAUUAUACUCGUCAUCUUCGUACGACCACGGUUAAUAGUACGACAUUCCGCAUACGACUGCGGAACUUUUCAAAAAUGCCGUUGUCAAGUUGGCGGCUACGAGAUUUAUAAGGCGUCAGUACAUGCAUGUAUAUGAUGGCGUAAGAAUAUGGCGUACCCAAAUAACGAAUCUCGUAUAAAGCUCUCUAAUAUAUACUGUAUUACGUGAAGUACUUAUUUAGUCCAGUGUUGGUAGCUUGUAAUUAUUUUUAUAAUAUACAUAAAACUAUUACUCCACUGUGAUUGGUUGAUUUCAGUGCAAUUAAUCUCAAAUAGCAGUGCAAAAAUCUGUAACAACAGUGCAAAAAUCAGGUGAACAGAGCAAGAAAAUUUUGUCAGUGGACGGUUAGCUAUAUUUAAACGUAUUAAAGUUAAAACUACAAUUGUCUCGAACAUUUUUAUGUAUAUUAAUACGUAAUAGGAUGAUUUCUCGUAAAAUUUGGAUAAAACAAGAACUCGUGAGUUUGUGAGUUUUUCAAAGACCACAAAAUUAAUAGCACUCAUCCUUUGGACUCGUGCUGUUUUGAUGCUCUUUGAAAAUCUCACUCAUGCAUGUUUUAUCCAAAUUGCACUCGAAACCAUCCUAUUACCUAUACUAACAAACUGCGAGGACCUCUCCAUUGUAAGGGUCAUAGAAGUGUUCAUAUUCAGUUAUACAAGUGAAAUUAUAUGUGAAGUGAAUUACAUGCUAGGGCUGGAGAAAGUAAUUUUCCUGGGAGCACAACCUGGAGAUAAUUUUUUUCUGCAGACCAACUGAGUAUUAUAAAUUAGCGUGCUAGUUCGUCAUGUCCAUGGUUAUAAAUUCGUGGACGAUGCAUGUCUGUCUGGGUCCAUAGUGGGAUUUCCUUUAAUUUCCAAGUUGCAUUAUUUUGCAAUCUAUAGCAAAUUUCCUGAGCUGUGCUCGUGUGGUUGACUCUACUUUUCCACUCCUGGUGAAUUACAUAUUACGGUUUUUUGCACUUUUACUAGGUAUAAUAGGUAAUCGUUCAUUUCUGGAGCAGGUUUAUUUUGGAACAGCUUGUCGAUUUUAAAAGGAAAUGAUAACGAGACCAGUUACUUUAAUUAUAGAGGCCUAUGUUCUUAUCAAUAAUGCAUAUACACAAAGAUCUUAACUUAAUUAACUCUCAUGUAGAAAUUUUGACAAUUGACUCUCUUUCUACUUAACCAAAGAGAUGUUGAACACAAAAGCUACAUAGAGAAUGCCCUCAUUUCAAUCAUGUUUUAUAGAAAUUCUUAUUAUUUUCCUAUGUAGAAAACAAAUUGCAAAAACAACCAGAACUUUGCAAUUGUUGACGAUUACUAUGACAACGAGUUUCCUCCAAUAUUUAACAUUUCUCUGUGGUUGAUGGUUAUUCUCGUGUUGACUGUCUAUGCUGUAUCUGUUGUCAUGUGGUAUAUGGAUCCUGGCCGUGAUAGUGUUAUAUAUCGUGUCACCAGUCAACGCAUGAAGUCUGAAUAAUAAUAGAGAACUAUAAAACUAUCUUGAUUGGGAUUAGCAUUGGGAGUAGCAAUUAACUAAUAGUAACUUAGAACAGGACUCCAACGGGAAUACCAGGGUUGUGUAGUGCAGAUCUCUCAAAACGUGCCGUAGUUUGGUCGGUUUUGAUAUAUUGUAAUUCAUAUUUAACAUUUGCCAUACUUUGAAAGAUUUUUUCUCUAAUUACUCAGUAUGCAGUGGCGUAACGCUCAUUAGGUAGGGUUAGUUCAAAAACUAAGGGCCCCCAACAGUUAGGGCCCAUCAGCCACGGCCUAUCGGCGUAUCGCCCAGAAAAUUAGAAAACGUAAAAAAUGCAAGUUAAAGUGAAUACUGUAUGACAUGAAAUUUCUCAUUUUCUUAAACGAAAGUUAAGCUGUAGUGUAACUUAUUUUUCAUUUUCUUGUUUUCAUGGUUUGUUCCCGAGAUAUUUCAAUUUGUUUGAUAUGUUACACUGGUUAUAAAUCGUAAAUCUCUAAAAACUGUAGAUAUCUGUUCACGUUUUUCUACAGUGUUUCAUUAUCAUCUUGGAUGAUAGCAGUGAUAUUCAACCAUUUUGAAGAGCUUGCCACCAACAUGACGUCAUAAAUUAGCGUUUCACACUCAUUUACAUAUCAAACAAAUUGAAAUAUCUCUGGAACAAACCAUAAAAACAAGAAACUGAAAAAUAGGUUACACUACAGCUUAAAGAGUUCUUUCAUUUAAGAAAAUUCAUGUCAUAUGCACUUUAAGAAUCAAUGCAAAAUUAAUUAUGCUAAAAAUUAAACCUCCAUCGACAACGGUAGCUGAUUUUUUUAUUCCAUCAAAUAAAACAGAUAUUGUUAUUGUUAUAGACAUGGAAUUUUCCAGAACAUUUUAUAAAUAUUCAAUAUAAAUAUAAUAUCUCAGUCAAAGAAUGACAACAGUCAACAAGGGCCCCCACACCAAAUACGCCCCUCUCCCUCCGUUACACCACUGUCAGUAUGGCAUUCAAUGCAAACUACUGCUUGCAUGUAAAAGUUGGAAAGCAUCACUCACGAUUUAUACAAGUAGUAAGUAGCAAAUCAUUACAUUGAAUUAGAGUUUAUUUCAUUUGAUUGCCUAACAAAUUAUUUAAAUAUAAAUAAAAUAAAAUUGAAUUUUUCGUUUCUCCAGCUAAUGUAUUUAAUUUAAUGAAUAUCGAAAUGAUGCAUGAUUCAACACACGGUACAAUACAUUUUCCACAGCUAAGGAACCGGUCAUUAUUUAUGGCGGGGGGGGGUGGCACCGAAGAGGAACGUUUUUAUUGGUACAAAUUUUGCUGAUCUAACCCAUUAAAAAGUCAAAAUAUUUUUUACCAACGUCAUAGAUCAAUUGAAAAAUAAAUACCCGCCCCUGGCCAAAAACUUUACAAAAGGAUACCAUUCAGUUGUCACUUCUGUGACACGAGUUUGAUGACUGCUUGUGCAAUUUUCUGCAAACUGACAAGUUUCACGUUGUCUGCACAUGUACUUUCUUUGGAGACACCUCAUGACUGACUGUUGACAUUACUUUUUAGUCUAUUUGAGUGAGCCAUGCUUUGGACAUGACAAUAAUUUCUUAUUACGCGACAAUCGAGUUGUUUUGUUUUUCAUUUACCCAACCUUUUACUUUCUCGAAAUUUUGUUUACCCAACCCUUUUUCUCUUCUGUGCCACCACCGCCAUAAAUAAUGAGCUGCCCUAAAUGGUCAAGACGAAAUAGGCCUGCAAGUUCAUCUGUGCCGACCAACUAUAUGCAGAUACUAUAGUUCGUCUUGCCGGAUAGUUUAUUUACAGGGCUUGAAAUAAGGUUCCCAAACUCCCUUGACUUUCCCUGGUUGAAAACCCUGUUUAUCCUCUGAUCAUAAACAAUUUUUUGCCGAUCGGUGAUACCGAUCGGCUGUUGUUUCAAGCUCUGGUUUAUACUGACGACUUAUAAGACUAACAUCUUUGCCCAAGUUCGUCCAGACGGAUCAUACGUGUCUGACCAAAAGCAACUUCAAAAAGAAAUAAAGGUUUUGUUCACACAGGAUCGGGUGAAUUCGGAAAAGUACUCUUUACGCGGGGACGCACAGAAACUACAAUGUAGGACUUUGUGAUUGGUUGAUCAAAACAAAAGACAGUGAACUAUAAAAAUCAUUUUUCUAAAGAACGAGUAUUGUUGUAUGAACCCAAUCACAAAACACGAUCAUUUGAGGAUGGUAUUUACCACCACAGUUACUUUAGUUAAUCGUUCAUUUACAGUACCAGGUGAACCGAAUGCAUGGAACCGGAGGGCUUUCAGUUUUCUCGGUUCCGAACUCGUCCUGUCUCGUGUGAACGUUUUUUAAAACAGCGGAAAGUUUUCUUAAAUGAAUUAUUCAUAUUAAAAUAAAUUGCAUUAGGGAUGUUAAGACUUUUCAAUCAUUUCUUUGGCAAUCUUCAUGACUUCUCCUGCUCCACGAUUCAGAAGCAUGUUGGCAAGUUCAAUACCAGAAUUUUCGGAACAUUGUAGGGCAUGUUUUAAAUAUUCAGGAAUUAUAACACAUGUUGUUGAUAUGUCUGAUAAAUAUUCCAUGUCGUCAUUUUCACUUGUGUUCUGUUCAACUGUGUGACAAACUUCGUCAGUUAUGCAUUGUCCACCAUCCAGACUUAACACAGCGCCUUCAAGUUUUAA